AUGCAAUGGGGACAAUUUAUUGCCCACGAUGUUUCCAAAACUACAAUGUUAAAUAAUCAAAUCUGUGCAAGUUGUCUUCCAGAAGGCGGUACUUGUUUUCCUGUAAUGCUUAGCCGUCUGGAUCCAACAUUUGGCCGUUUUCUCUGCCUUCCGGUUGCUCGCUCGUCUCCUGUCUGCGGAACAGGAGAAGACAAUAAUGUUCGUCAGCAAUACAAUGAGAACACAGCCUUUAUUGAUGGAUCUAUGGUAAGCAUUGGGGCCCGGAUCGGAUCCGGGUGGAUUUUUUGGGAUUUUGAGUCAAGUUCCAAAAUCCGUCUCCAUAAAAUUUAUAGCCGCGAACGAUGUUCCGGCUUACAAAAAUAA